AUGAACUGCAGCAGCAGCCUUUGCACAGGGGCCCCCUUCUGCUGCGGAGAGGCUGAGGACCCUUCGCUUACGGGGGCCCCCUAUUGCUGCACCGCUUCUCCUUCUCCCCCUGAUCAGCAGAUAAAGGAAGCACCAGUCUCUCCCUUAGUUGUCCCAAAACCGACUUCCCUAGAGGCAGCAGCAGAAGAAGAGGGCCUCUUCCUCUCAGACGGAUCCCCAGCAGCAUCAUUGGGCGCCUCUUGGAGCAGCAGCAGCAGCAGUGAGGGGCCCCCAGAGGGGCCCCUUGAGAAGCCUGAAGAGGCCUUUGGCGUUAAGUUUGAACAGCUGCUGGGGCCCCCCCCGUUGCUGCUGCACUCAGUUGUGCCCAGCACCUCUGCAAGCAGCGGGGCCUCUCUUGCAAGCGAGAGUGAUGAUAGCUUCUCUCAGGCUGCUGCAGCAUCUGCAUCUGCUUCUGCUGCAGUUUCUGCUUCUUCUUCUUCUGCUGCUUCGGUUUUAUCUCCCCCCAGGGGCCCCCAACAACAGCCACAAGCCCCCAGUAAUGCAUGCACUGCUGCUCCUCCAGGCGAAACACUGUAUGCUGAACUGAAAACCUUUGAGCUGCUAACACACUUGAGGGCUGUUGCAAGACGCUGGGCACUUCAUCAUGACAAUUUCUUCUUUCAUUGGGACAGGCUCUGCGCAGAGUGGAAGCUUAAACGAACAACAGGCGUUCAGGGGGGCCCCCAGGGGGCCCCCCUGGGGGGCCCCUCACAGGGGCCCCCUACGCACCCGCAGCAGAGUGCUCUCUAUGACCAAGGGAUUGAUGAUGUAGCGAGCGACGCACAGCAGCAGCAGCAGCAACAGCAACAGCAGUUUGUGGGGCCUCAGACAGACGAGGCUUAUAGAGACACCGUAGAUAUACUCUGCUCGUCUCUGCCGCAGAUUGCAAAUACUUCUUCUCACGGAUUUGUAGGGCUGCACGGGCCCCUCUUGUUUGUAUUGCUGCAGCAAUUAGAUACACGUCGCAGCUGUAUAGACAGCAGUUACUCCCCACUGCUUCACUUUCUAGAGGCCCCUUUUGCUGCUUCUGCUGCUGCUGCUGCAUCGAGCGGUGCAUGCAGCAGCUCAAGAACGCUCUCCCUUGAAGACAAUAUGCCAGAUGAUGGGGGCCUCAGGGGGCCCCCUACGCUUUCAGGAUUAGGGGGCCCCCAUCAGGGGCCCCCCAAUGCCUUGCAUGCGUUCCAGGGGCCCCUCAACUCUUUUGAAUGUGGGGGCCCCCUGGAUACUGCAGCAGGGGCCCCCACAUAUCAGGCUGCUGCGAGUUCGCCAGCUUUUCCUGCUGCUGCUGCUGCUGCUGCUGAUGAAACAAAGGCCUUUAAUGAUUCGGGGUGCAGCAGCAGCAUAUGCUGCUGCAGGCGCCCAACCAGGCCGCUCAAUAGCUGCAGCUGCUGCAGCAGCAGUAGCAGCAGCUGCUGCUGCAGCUGCUGCUGCUGCUCGGAAGGUCAAGAGGCCUUUCAUAGAGACUUCAGACCUUCCUUUCAGGGGCCCCCUGCGCAUUACAGCGGGGAAGAGGGGCCCCUGUGCAGCAAACCCCCGGGGGCCCCCGCAGCAAGCCCUGUCGUUUGUCGUUGCUGGAUUACCAUCAACAGCAGCAGCAGCAGCAGCAGCAGCAGCAACAGCAACAAUGUAUUCUCAGUGAAGGGGACAAUAACUGGGGCUUGUGCAUGCGCAGCUUUUCAGCAGCAGCAGGAAAUCUCCUCUGCUGCUGCAUUCGGGUUGGGGGCCCUUGCAGCUGGCUGUGCACAUGCAGUAAGGAGACAGUUCAGCUCCUGCAGCAGCUCCUGCAGCAGCAACGGCUUGAAUGUUUCUCCUGCUGCUGCUGCUGCACAGCAGCAGCAGCAGCAGCAGCAGCAAUACCCCCUUCUUCCGGCCUUAGGGUCAGCCACUGGGGCCCCUGGAGCAGCUUCUCCGGGUGAGAAGGGGGCCCCCUUCUUUUUGAGGGGCCCCCAGAUGACUUCAGGGGCCCCGCGUUUUAUUCACAGAGAUAGCAGCAGCAGCAGCAGCUGCAGCAGCAGCGAAGCGCUCCUGCGGGAGCAGCAAAUGAGCUGUGAUCGGCUGCUGCCCACAAUGGGCGCUACACAUACACUGCAGGGGGAGCCCUGCCUCAGCAGCAGCAGCAGCUGCAGCAGCAGCAGCAAUGAGGCGGGGGCCCUAUCUACUCAAUGUGAAGGGGGCGUCUGGACCCUCUGCCACCCCCCAGCGACCCCUUGGCUGCAGACCUGGCAUUCGAAUACGCAUGCAGCAGCAGCAGCAGCAGCAGCAGCAGCAAAGCUGCAGCCUCCUAACGGAUUGCAGCAGCAGCAGCAACAGCAGCAGCAGCAGCAACAGCAACUGGAAGAAUGUGAAGAUUCCUGCUUCAAGGCUCGACAGAGAGCGCUGCAUCCUAGGCAGUUCCAAGAGCAGCAGCAUCAGCAGCCGCAGCAGCAGGACCAGCAGCAGCAGCAGCAGCAGCAUUUGGUGCAGCAGCAGCUGCAUCAGCAACACCAUUUGCAGCAUUUGCCUCUUCACCACAAGCAGCAACACGCAAUGGAGCCACAGGAGCACCCGCAGCCGCAGCAGCUGCUGCUGCAGCAGCCGCACCAGCAGCAGCAGCAGCAGCAGCAGCUGUCCGCUGCUGCUCCUGGGUCAGAGGGCCCCCUCUUCUGCGGGGUUGCUGCUGCAGUUGUAGAGCCUGUCUCCUUUGACACGCACUCAGGAGGAGACCGCAGCUUUCCUUUGCUUGAGGGUAUGGAGACGCAGGCUUACGGGGCUGCAGCAGCGCAGCAGCAGCAGCAGCAGCAGCAACAGCAGCAGCAGCAGCAGCAGGAACAGCAGCAGUUUUCUGCAGUUGCUGCUGCAGCAUCCACCUGGCAGGAAGGUGUACAUCCUAUGACGCAGGAAGAGCAGCAGGGGGCCCCCGGCUGGUGGGGGGCCCCCAGCAGCAGCAGCUGCAUAGAGGUAGCAGCAGAGACAAAAGAAGAAGAAGAAGAACAGAUAGAAAGGAGGUGCUCAGCAGAUGCUGCUGCGGCAAAAGGGCCCCUAGAACAAAUGCAAGGAGACCUGCUGGAUGCAGCAGCAGCAGAAGCAGCAGGAGGAGCAGCAGCAGGAGGAGGAGCAGCAGGAGGAGGAGCAGCAGCAAGCGCUGGGGGAGUGUCUGUACACCGGGGUAGUAGUUCAAGGCUGCAUAUAGGGGCUUCGUCUGUUGUAGGGGCCGCCCCUGGUGGAGGGUGUGUGGGGCCCUCUGGUGCUGCUGCUGCUGGGAAGCUGCUGCAGCGAGCAGCAAGAAAAACAACACAUAUAGUUGUAGACGACGGAGGCUUGCGUCUGUCUUUCAUCGCUCGUAAAGGAGUAUACUACGACAAACGCAGAAAACUUUGGCGGGCGAAUUGGAAGGAGAACGGACGCAUACACACCAAGGGAUUCUCUGUCAACGACUUUGGUAGCCACCAUGCAGCACGGGGUAAAGCAAUUGAGUUUAGGAUUAAGAAAGAGCAAGAGAUUGAUGCAUACUCUCACAACAGAAGCCCACGACCUUCAUUUUGUAACUCAAGAAUCUUCUUAUCAAACAAUUGGGGGCCCCCUGUGGGGAAACAGCAGCAAAAGGGGGGGCCCCGCUGCUGCAGCAGGCUGCAGCAGAAACCCUAA